GAGUAUAAGACUUCUCAAUCAAAACGCACAGAAACCUGAAAAAGUGACGUCCUUUACUGAAAAAUUAUAAAGUUCAACUGAACUGAAUGCUGUAGAGGAGGAAAGAGUAAUCUACGCUGGUCUCCGCGGCAGAAGGACGUGACGGGACGGUACGAAAGCUACGUUCAGUUGGUUACGAAACAGUUAAAAGAGUCUACCUGCUUAUAGAAUAGAGAAAAGGCAGCAUCAUGAUGGAAGCUAUGAAUCCUGGAAAUCCUGCAGCCGCUAUGGGAGUUGGAAACCCGCAAACACAAGGCCAUCCUAUGGACGACGGCAAAAGCAAGCAGGCGAAAGAGAAAGUUUACCGCCGCAGUUACACGCACGCUAAGCCACCUUACUCUUAUAUUUCGCUCAUCACCAUGGCCAUUCAACAGUCGCCGAACAAGAUGCUGACACUCAGCGAAAUUUAUCAGUUUAUCAUGGACCUGUUUCCGUUUUACAGACAAAACCAACAGCGGUGGCAGAACUCCAUACGACACAGCCUCUCGUUUAACGACUGCUUCGUCAAAGUGCCUCGUUCACCCGACAGACCUGGUAAAGGAAGCUACUGGACGCUGCACCCAGACUGUGGCAAUAUGUUUGAGAACGGCUGCUACCUCCGCAGACAGAAACGCUUCAAGGCGGAUAAAAAGCCUAGCCUGAGUGACCUUCCAAAGCCCGGAUUGCUGAGCCCGGUCGUAUCUUCGAUGCACCAUCAAAAAGUUCAGGGACCCAAGAGUUUAGGAGCGCCAAGCUUUCUUGCGCCGUCUCCUUACAGUGCUAUGAGUGCCAUGGGAGCUAUGGGUGCAAUGGGUAUGGGAGCUAUGGGCUCAAUGUCUAUGAACAAAUCAUUUAAUCAUCCAUUCGCCAUCAAGAAUAUCAUCGCGUCCGACCAUGAAGCCGACCUCAGAGGCUUUGAUCCCAUGCAUUUCAGCCCUUAUCAUCCAGCGGGAAUGUCUUCAUCUAUGACAUCUCUAGGACUGCCAAAACCUUACGACACAAACCCCAUUACAACAGAGCCUAGUCCUUACUACCAAGGUUGUGUGUUUACACCGUCCAGUUGCGCGGGAAUUGCUGGAUUUUCAAACCUUUCGUAAACUACACAUAUUUAUCCUUACUCGGGACUUCGUACGUUUUAAUUAUGUUAUGUGGGCCUCAGGACUGAGCUGCCUGUAAAUUGAGUUAUCUGUUAAGAUACAUUUUGCCAGUGUAUACGAAUUAAUACUUAAAUUCCAAGGUGAUUUCGAUGAUUACAUGUCAAAUAGACGUUUUCUCUCGACUAAAGAGAACCAUAACAUUAGCGUAAAAUCGGAGAAUUUUAUCAAAGUUAAAGAAAAUUAUAGAAAGUGUAAUAUAGCUUGUACUAUUCCAUUCAGUCGCCGUGCUCAGCGUGAUUAUUGAGUAUUUUGACGAGAGUAAAUGUGUAAAUCAAAAUAUUUUGAAACUGAAUUAAUAAGAAGCCAUGAUCGUUUUAAGUUAUGUUUGGUGCAAUUGAGAAUUAAGAGCAUAUGUUGUGAAGUCGAUACGUUAUAGUUUAGUGUUGUUUUGCUGCUGGGCAAAGAAUAGCAAGAAUUUUUUCUAAACUACCGAGUUAUUCGGUAAAGACUGCUCUUGUGGUUAGCGGUUCGCAUGUCAACUGUGUAUUUAACACUACAUUUACCAUUAUUUAUACAAGCAGGGAGAGGUUUUGUAAAUUUACAGUCUUGCCCAAAUAGCAGUUUGUUAGUUCAACGAAAUAAAUUUUUAACGAAGAGUUUUCUUGACGUAUUCAUUGUUUUCCCUGUCGCCAUUGCAGUAACUUGAGGUUGUUGAGAAGCGAGUCAAAUUAAUUAUUUAUCGGCUGGCAGCGAAGCCAACAGCCUUCCAAAUGCCAGCUUUUUUAAUUAAAAGUAAUCAACAGUUCGACAUUUCUCGUAACAGUUUUGACAAAUACUUGGCAAACCUAGCUAUAACAUUUAAGAACACGAUUAUCAAGCCUGACUGAAUGAACUGUUGCGCGCGAGGGUUGUAGUACAAUUCCCGCGCCCGCCGUGAAAUGAUCUCAGUAUGGGCCCGGUUCAAGCCAACUGAAAAGUGUGGCGGUAACAUUACGAAGUGUGAAAACCACUUUACUCUCAGUAAUCGAAUUUGAGAGACUUUUUCCUGGAUAAAACAUGUAGUAAAGGUGUUAAAAUAGCUCACCGAUGACUAGCGGUCCCUUUGAAAUUCCUCUCUGCAUCAUCUGUAUCCCUUUCUCUAAUAUUCGGCCCAAGUUUGUUUUUUUUCUUUCUUUUACAACAUUGAUAUCUUAAAACAGCUUGCCUUUUGCUUACAGAAAAUAGCCUAUAGCGGCUUGGUCUUCAACGAUGUGAUGAUAGAUUAGGGUCUAUAGCGCGUACCUGCGUCAAGUCAGCUCUAGCUUUCAAAACAUUCUAAACAUAGAUCUUCUUGAAUGAUUCUAACAGUCAACACGCCAAUCUUUUGCAAACUUUGGAACUUGUGUUUGGAGAAGUCCUCUUUCAGGAGAUCAAAUUUCUUGAAAGGGUUCUUAACUGCCCAAAGUCGACUGAGUUGUUAGUUUAAACACCAACCUGUAUACACAGAGCUGAGGCAUGCAUUAUUAGAUCAAAAAAUACAUUCAGUGAUUGAUGACUGUAGGGCAGUUCGUGUCGGCCGCCCAAACUAAGUUUUCUUCUUGUUAUUUUGUCGCGAAGCUUAAGACAAAGGUUAGAUGGAACCUUGUGAGACAUUCCAAGGAGUUAUAGAGGAAUGAGGCUGAGUUCAAGCGUCUAAAUGGCGGAGAAUUCUUGUUGGUGAUCGAAAGUAAACUUGAGAUGCUGUGAAAGCGAUAUGCUUAAUGGAUACUGGUAGUACACGUGGGAACAAGAAGCACAAAAGAACCUAAAAGGUUUAAAGAGCUUUCGGGGCCUACAGGAGAAAGCAGUUAACAAGUGAUACGAUAUGUGGUCUGUGCUUAGUGACGGUAUUAACAUCGAACAAAUGCAGGAAAUAUACAACUGAGUAGAAAAAUAAGAAAAGUAAAAGACAAGACGCUAGACAAAAUCGAAACUUAAAGAGAGAUGUCGUGCAAUCCCGAUGAAUCUAUGCACGUCCGUCAUCUGAAAAUAACAGGCAGAUAAUUGUAUUAAGUUAUUUCGUAGUGCGCCAAAUAUUCGCCUCAAGGCAAGCCUCUCUGGAUUAUGUGAUCGAGAAAGAGAGUUUUCUAAUCCGUAAAUCCUAGAGUCAACUCCAUGAGAUUAAAAUAGCAAAGUUUAAUUCAGGGUUUAGACGUUGCAUCGAUGAAAAAUAACCCUCAUUUAUUUGAUAGUGAUUCCAUUUAUACAAUUCGAAAUUUUUCGAAUUACGUUUGUACAGAACUGUUUGGGGGAAAUUUGUGACAGAACCCAUCUACUUGUUGUCUUUUAUUUGUAGGAGUCUUUCGCAUCGUGUUUCCUUCAAUUCAAACCAUAUCAACUCGCCUUGUUUACAGUUGUCCUAGCUGUUGAACUUCCUGCGUAGUUUAACCUCCAAUUUUCGCAGUAAAACCAUAAAGGCUUUUUUUUUCUCAAAUAAGUACCAGAAGUAAAGGAAAUCAUUGAAAUUCUUAUGGACGUAAUCAGAAGGUUCGUACUUUCGUUUCUAGCGUGAUGUGCUUCAGGUCUUGUGCGCGACGCGGCGGAGAGAGAAAACCUUUGUGACCCACCCAGAUGAAAAAACUAAAUAAAUCGUUUGUGUGAGAGUAUAAAGUACUUUAAACUCAGUUGUUUUCUGUCGAGUUAACCUCUCGAAUACAAACAGUGAAACGUGAAACAGUUGACUCAAAUUUCCCUUCGAUAAAUAGUUAGGAAAAUAUUUUCUCGCCUAACAAGCUAGGUUAGUUUAUGUUGACUUUGUUUUUGUGUUCUCGGUAGAUCAUUCAGUUGAGCUUGCAGGAAUAUGACUUGGUUGUAAUUCAGUUUUCUUUUCAAAAAGGGAUACUCCAAAGCAAAGAGAUGAACUCUUUCCUUCCUUUAAGAAACAACCUUGCGACAAGUUUUGUUUUACUAGAAUAAUUUAUGUGGCUUAUUUUAUUUUUUUUUUCUGUAGUGUCGUGAGAAUAUUUGGAGAAAAUAUCUAAGAGAAUAUAGGAAAAUACAGAAAUAGGCCCAAAGAAAUACGCAGCUGUCCCAUUGAAAUUUUAAUUGAACAUGACUUCUUUGACAUCUCUUUGACGAGGCGGCAUUGAACGCGAAGGCGUCACGGAACUAACUGAGAUUUUUUAAAACCUCGUAGUGGUUUCUAAGCGAGAUAUAUUUCUGUAGUUUUGCUCUAUGUUCUACAAGACAACCGAAAGUAAAAACAGCUGUGAUGGAAUCUUAAGCAAUGCAUCCUCCGCUAAACAUGACCUGCAAGUGGGUGUAUCAAGAUUGUCGCAAUUUUGCCUUCGUUUUCCAUUUAUUUUCUAGACAUCUCUGGUAGUAACGGUCAGCAGGCUAAACCGUCAUGAAUACACACGUUGCUUUCAUGCCAAGCAGGUUAUAAUAAUGACAACAUUUUGAAAAGGUUUUCGUCACUCCACAAUACAAAGAUUUGUUCAUUCUAUUUGUUCUCAGAGCAGUUAUGUUCGUACGGAAAAGUGAAGGUACAAGGUAAAGUCACCAAGUAAACAUGAUAUCGAAUUUAACGAAUUUGCUUUCUAUGAGGAAGACAGUGGCAACACACCAAUUGCACCGAUUGAAACAAUGUCAGCCGCUUUUGGGAUCUAAAUCAUUGCCGUGGUACAAUUCAUUUACCGUGGAAAAAUCUCGUACCCAAAAAUAAAGUACUAAAACAAAAAUAUGUCCGAGUUUGUUUUGUGUAUGUAUUUGAGUAACAAUAUAUGUUGUAUGGAUAUGUAGACGUAUGAAUGUGAAAUAAGUUAAUAAACAUUGAUAUAUAUGGCGAAUUAGCUAAACCAACUGACUGAGCAAGCAAAAAUUGUUUUAGUUUCUGCAGUUUAUUUGGGAUGUGAAUAUUAGCUGGCUCCUGCAAGUUUCGUCCACGGUUUUUUCCUAUAAAUGUUACGAAAUACCCAUUUUAAAGUCCCAUUAGGGCUCAAGCAGUACCUUAAUCCGGGCUAUGAGCGUCAGCAGUAAAAGUUGAAAGUGUAAUAUCAAGCAGAGAGAAGAGUGUUGAAUGGUCUAAAGUAAGCUAAAAUGUUUGGCCUUGUCUUUGACAGCCUUAAAAUUAAAAGGAGACACUGCCAAGAAGAGAGGAAAACAUUAAGUUCACUUAUUAUUUUAACCUGAGAGUUAAAACUAUAUCAAGUAAAGAAACAUAUAAGGCUAUUUUGAUGUCAAGUUUCAGUUUUCAACAAAAAUUCUUUUCAGAAAGUUCAUAUUUUUUGGAAGGCCAAGCCGCCUUUUAUCGUCUCGUAGUUUGUUUUUAUUAACCUUCAAGAUCAAUAUAUUUGUGUGCACACAAUAUUUCCCUAGAAAUGGCAUUUUUAAUUUGUGUGUUUGGUGUCGAGUGAUGAAAAAUUCGUUCUUUUCUAAUUGCAUUUUCAAUUAUAAAACUUAUUUGCUGAGGUGCUCUCUGGGAGAUGUUCAUUUCUGUUUUUCAUUUAACCAGCACCUGUCUUGAAUUUAAUGGAUUUCAUUUGCCAAGUGUAUUACUUUAAUGCCAGCACUAGAUAAGAUUUUUCCUGAUAUUCCCAGUGAUGAUGUAUACUUAGAAUGUCUUGAAUAAUCAGCUUAAGAACCGAAAUAGAUAAUCUUUUUAAGUUCGUUUCUGCUUUAGCCAAAAAACAACAGAUAACAAUAUUUCCGGGCAAGAAUCUUAGACAAAUCGCUAUAGCUUGAAAUCUUAUAUUUGCAAAAUCGUUUUCUUUUUUGCGAGCCAUUUCAAAAAAAUUUUGGAAACCUGAAAAGUCAUGUACGAUAAAAAUUACGAGAAAAUAAAACAAGGUAUUGCUACUCAAGCAAAGUGAAAACAAGUAAUUUUUAGGAUUGUGUUUGUUCUCAGUAAGAUGUGUUUCGUAUUUCCCAUGCUAUUAGAACUGCCCUACUGGCAGACAGAAUUGCUAAGUCCUCUUCUCUUACGAAAACUAAUUUCCGAACACAAUUAACAUAGUUUAAACAUUUUAAUCUGCGUCAUAAGCCCAAUUUAUUGAAAAUAAGAUGUAGCCUUACAACGGAUGAACCAAGAUAUUAAAUGACAGCGUAAAAUUACAUUUUCUGAACUCCGUAAUAUACAAGGGAAAAUCAAAUGUCUCACGAAAAUAUCCUGUUACAAAAGGUGCGUAUCUGAGCAUUUUUUGUUGUUGUUGUUCUUUUUUGCCAAUUCAAUAAAUGGAAGUAAAGGGCACAGUUGUAUACUAAAGAAGGCCAAAUUAUACAGCAAAAAAUGAAUAUGUAAAAUCUUUUAGGAUGAUAUCGAAUAAAAGACGCUUUUGACUGACGAAAAAUAUCUAUUAUAAAACAUAGAUUUCAGAACUCUAAAAAUUUUCAGUUUGCCCUUUCCCUUAAGAACGGGGUAUUAAAGAGGGCCCGUUUACUGGCAGUGUCUUAUACAAGCCAAGAUAAGGCACUUAGAGAACAGUUUAAAAUUGCCACGUCUCUUCAGAAACUUAUUCUCCGAAAACGAUUGCUUAAUAGCUAGUAGGAAGGAUGUGUAUGGAUGUGUAAAAUGAUCCCAUGCUUCCCGCCUUUCAAUGUGGUUCGCCCAUUGUUCCACGGAGGAAGACCUUAAAAGCUUUUCCUUUGUUGUGGCUGAUAAACAUUUCUUCUUAUCUGUUUAAACUUAAACGAAUUCGCAGAAAGUUAGUAAAAGGAAGACUUUCGAUCCCUACUACUUUGUUUUGACUUUAAACUGUCUUUUCUUCAUUGUAAUUUGGCCACAACUCUAUCUGUAUGCGGGAACUUGCUACAAAAAAAUAGACUCGACCCAAGACCGCAGCUGUGACAAUAGGUCAGUCUCCAGGCACUUAACUAAUUUGGUAGUCAGCGCAAAAAAAUGAGUUUUCAAUUUCCUGCUUGCUAGAGCAAGCCAAAACUAGCUAACAGAGUUCCCACGUUCAAGAAAGACAAGAGAGAAAGUUAAGCUAACUUAAGCCUCACCACUGUAGUUAAAAGUUUUCCUUUUGUAUUUCACGUGUUUGCCGCUUUGUUUUACAAAAUUGUCUUUACAACGCUAAUCCCAUCGUUGUAAAGAAAUAGUUGAAGCAAUGAAAUUGUAAUAAACCACAAUUUAUCUUACA